UUGUUUCGGCGAAGUACAGACGUGUUUAUGCGGGUGCGCAGCGUGUAAAUUUUUUAUAUUGAACACAAAAUUAACUAAUUGAUAAACAUAAAAGUUGUUGCUACCAAUUAUUUCACAAGAUAUUCGACUUAGCAGCAUUUUGUUUCAUAGCUCAGCUCAGCUGUACAAGCACCUGUCAUUGUGCCCUGCCGAAUUGGAAUCGUGCGCGCGUCGCUUAGCUGCAGUCGGAGUUGAAUAUUUAAAAAUUUACCCGCUUGCAAUUAGUGAAAAAGUGUUAAAAAGUAUUCGCUGUGCAUGUGCUUGCGCGCGUUUGGGUGAAUGUGUGUGUGACAAAGCAAACCAGUUGCCAUCCAGUUAUAACAGAUUUUUUGUUUUAAAUCUCAGUAGCUAUGCAGAAUUAAAUGUUAAUCCUGUCCAAAAACACACAUAUACCCCAACAUUAGUUCAUAUACAUUCUUAUACUUGGCUAAUAGUUUUUAAGCUGUGUUUUCCUGUUCGAUCGCUAUGCGAAAUUAAUUUCGACUUUGUUCAAAGUGUUGCAAAAUUCUAAAAAUCGGUGUGUGUGUGUGUGUGUAUGUUUGUGUGUUCCCCGAUUUCCCCCUUUUGAAAAAGCUUACUGAAACGGUGAGAAAAUGAAUAAAACCUGUGCGCGCUGCCAAAAGGUGGUCUAUCCCAUCGAAGAACUAAAGUGUCUGGAUAAGACAUGGCACAAAACGUGUUUCAAAUGCACAGAAUGCGGAAUGGCGCUCAAUAUGAAAACCUACAAGGGCUACAACAAAAUGCCAUACUGCGAAGCGCACAUACCCAAGGCCAAGGCAACGGCGAUUGCGGAUACGCCCGAGCUGAAGCGCAUCGCGGAAAAUACGAAAAUCCAAUCGAAUGUUAAAUACCAUGCAGACUUCGAGAAGGCCAAAGGCAAAUUUACACAGGUGGCAGACGACCCGGAAACGCUGCGAAUCAAGCAAAACACGAAGCACAUAUCGAAUGUGGCAUAUCACGGCGAUCUGGAGAAGAAGGCAGCUAUGGAGAAGCAGCGCGGCUCUGCCGAGGUCUCCGACAGCAGCAACGAAUCGGAAUAUUUCUCUGAGCAAUUGGCAGCUGAACAAUUCUCGCAAUAUGCACCCACAGCCUCGCCCAUACCGCCAGCAACACUGCAUCAGCAGCAGCACCAACAGCAGCAGCAGCAGCACCACCAACAGCAGCAGCAACAGCAACAACAAUACCAGCAACAACAACACCAACACUAUGUACAACAACAGCAACAAACGCUGCCACCACCACCCAUACAACACCAGCAAUACAAUACGGCGGCCAUAACGCCCACAUAUCAACACCAACACCAGCAGCUGCCACAGCACCAGCAGCAGCAGCAACAGCAGCAGCAGCAGCCGCAGCAUGAUCCAUACGCACACUAUCAACAGCCGCAGGCGCUGCGCCAGCAACAGUUGCUGCAGCAGCAACAACAGCAGCAACAUGCCAUUAAACAAUCCUCACAUCUGUAUCCCACAGCAAUAUCGCAGUCACAGCAGCUGCAACAGCAGCAGCCACAGCCGCAACAGCAGCAACAGCAGCCUCAGGCGGUUAAUAGCUACAAUCAGAUGCGCUCGGCCAUUUUGCACAAUUCGCAUCAUCCCAGCGGCAAUGCUGCUGAUCAGUUCGAUCACAGUCAGAACUCGGCCACGGCGCUGCAUCAGCAACAGUUGCAACAGCAACUGCAGCAGCAGCAGCAUCACUCACAACAGCAACUGCAACAGCCAGCAGUCCAGCAGCAACAUUCGCACCACAGCCUGCUGAACAACAAUGCAAGCAACGGCAGCAUUCACAACACCAACAACAACAACAACAACAAUGGCGGCCUGGCGCAUCCGCAUCCGGUCAGCCUGAGCUAUACACAACAGCAGCAGCAACAGCAGCAGCCGCAGCAGGUGCGCUCGCAGUCGAGCGUGCACAGCAACAACUCCAAGCAUCAGCUGCAGUUGCAGCAACAGUUGCAGCAGCAACAACAGCAGCAGCAUCAGAGCAACACCAAUGUGCAACAGCUGUAUGUGGCAUCCAACUACAGUGCGGUGACGCCAUCCGAGAACGCUUUGGGCGCCAAGCUGCAGGCCAGCAAUGGCCACUUGCCCAACGUAUUGACCGCGCCGCAGAGCACCAACAGCAUUGGCAAAAUUGCCGACUAUGAUCCGCUGACGGAUGGACCACGGCCGAUGCCAGCCACCGGACGGUCCAGCACCACUCUGGUGUACAGCUCCGAUCAACGCGGCGCCGCUGCCGUGGGCAAUAGUGUUUACCCCAAACGAAUUGGCUCCAUCUCGGACAUAGAUCCUGCCAAUGGCAUUUAUGGCUCACUGACCAGCGCCGAGCAGGCGCAGGCCCAGAAACAGCAUCAAUAUUACCAGCAGGUGCAACAGCAGGAGCAGCAACAGCAGGUGCGCCAAGGCCAACAGCCAGCCCAGUUGCAGGAGAAACAGUCGCGCCAAGGCAACUUGCGCGUCUAUCGAGCCAUUUACGACUAUGAGGCCCAGGAUGUGGAUGAGGUUAGUUUUCGCGAGGGCGAUGUUAUAUUUGAGGUGGAAUCAAUUGACUCCGGCUGGAUGACCGGACGUGUGGAACGCACCGGCAAGACCGGCAUGCUGCCCGCCAACUAUGUGGAGCAGGCGGUUAUAUAAUAGGG